UUCCUGCCCAGGCACCAGCAGCUGAGAGAGAGAGUGCGGAAGCGGCUCUAUUAUGGCUGGGGGAACAAAAAAAAAACUCUCUACUGCGUGCUAGGGAAACAGUCCAAAGUUGCCAAGAGGCUAUGUGUGAUGUACCUCAGCAAGGCUGUGUCAUAUGGGGUUAAACCUUUUUGCUGUUUUUCUGUCCUAGAUAUUGCUGUGGAGUUGCUGCAGAAAGUGGCUCCCAGUCCUAUCCGCAGACUCCAGAAGAAAUAUGUGUCUCAUGUAUCUCGGGAAGCUUGCAUCUCACCUUGCUCCAUGAUGCUGGCACUGGUUUACAUUGAGAGACUCCGGCACCGGAACCCUGAAUACCUCCAGCAGAUCUCAUCUUCAGACCUCUUCCUGAUCUCCAUGAUGGUUGCUAGUAAGUACCUGUAUGAUGAGGGUGAGGAGGAAGAGGUGUUCAACGACGAGUGGGGAGCAGCAGGGAAAGUGGACGUCCAGACCAUGAACACACUGGAGAUGAACUUCCUGAGUGCCAUUGACUGGAGUCUCUACACGGAUCCCCGGGAGCUGUUUGAAGUGCUGAGCUGGCUGGAAGGACGUGUGGCAGAAAAGCAGGGCAUGUGGCGUGGCUGGUUCACCUACACGGAUCUGUGUGUCCUCAUGGAGCAGUCCAUAUGGCAGCAUGUGCUGGGCCAGUUCUACCAGCAAGUGGUGAAGCUGGCCUGCCUCCUGGGUGUGGUGUACCUGACUGGCUUUGCUACUGUCUUUGCCUCUGUCACCGUGGUGCACCGGUCCAUGUGCACGAGGAGCAUCAGCGCUGCAGCGCCCCGGCCUACGCUGUUCCCUGAGGAGGGCAGCUGCCAGCUGAAGGCCCAGGCAGCCCCCGACCAGCCCCAACCCAAGCUGCCCGGCGUCUCCCCAGCCAGCAGCACCCGUUGCCUGGGGGAGAACGAGACAACCAAGGAGUCGCAUCGUGGGGGCGUCACGGCAACUGCGCUCUACCUGUGGGGCAGUGUGAUGACCGCUCUCUCCUACCCAAAGGCGCCUGAUCUAGCCCAACACAGGAGCCCCCUGCAAGGUCCCUUCCGGAGAGUACCUACUGCUUGUGAGAGAUCUAACCGUACUGCCUCCACUGCAGCCCCCAACCAGCCUGGCCCCUUCGGACUCGCCGUGCUCCCGGCCCCCCCGGUGCUCCACUGCCGUGCCUGCUCAGCCAGUGCGGGCUCCACGUGGGAUGCAGCCUCCAACCGCAAGGACUGGCUGGACCCACUGGGGCUGAAACAGUGCUCCUUGCACACUGCCAUGGAUCUCGGUAGAAUCAAGAGCUUCAUUUUUCCCAGCUAGGAGCAUGGGGCAGCAACCUCUUUCCCCUUCCCUCCUAGUGUGGCACAACUCAAUUCCUUGCACUUGUGGGACCCC